UAUUCAUACAUGAAGACUGGCUUCAGGACUGGAACUGGGAAGUAACAGCCCUCCACAGAGAAACUGGAAGGGAAUUGCUAUUGCCCUGCUGGUGAUUUUAGUUGUAUGCUCACUCAUCACUAUGUCAGUCAUCCUCUUAACCCCAGAUGAACUCACAAAUUCAUCAGAAACCAGAUUGUCUUUAGAAGACCUCUUCAGGAAAGAAUUUGUGCUUCAUGAUCCAGAAACUCGAUGGAUCAAUGAUACAGAUGUGGUGUAUAAAAGCGAGAAUGGACAUGUCAUUAAACUGAAUAUAGAAACAAAUACUACCACGUUAUUAUUGGAAAACACAACUUUUGUAACCUUCAAAGCAUCAAGACAUUCAGUUUCACCAGAUUUAAAAUGUGUUCUUCUGGCAUAUGAUGUCAAACAGAUUUUUCAUUAUUCGUAUACUGCUUCAUAUGUGAUUUACAAUAUACACACUAGGGAAGUUUGGGAGUUAAAUCCUCCAGAAGUAGAGGACUCCAUCUUGCAGUACGCGGCCUGGGGCGUCCAAGGGCAGCAGCUGAUUUAUAUUUUUGAAAAUAAUAUCUACUAUCAACCUGAUAUAAAGAGUAGUUCAUUGCGACUGACAUCUUCUGGAAAAGAAGGAAUUAUUUUUAAUGGAAUUGCUGACUGGUUAUAUGAAGAGGAACUUCUGCAUUCUCACAUCGCCCACUGGUGGUCACCAGAUGGAGAAAGGCUUGCCUUCCUGAUGAUAAAUGAUUCCUUGGUGCCUAACAUGGUUAUCCCCCGGUUUACUGGAGCUUUGUAUCCCAAAGGAAAGAAGUAUCCAUAUCCUAAGGCAGGUCAAGUGAACCCAACAAUCAAAUUAUAUGUUGUAAACCUAUAUGGACCAACUCAUACUUUGGAACUCAUGCCACCUGAUAACUUUAAAUCAAGAGAAUACUAUAUCACUAUGGUUAAAUGGGUAAGCAAUACCAAGACGGUGGUCAGAUGGUUAAAUCGACCUCAGAACAUCUCCAUCCUCACAGUCUGUGAGACCACUACUGGUGCUUGUAGUAGAAAAUAUGAGCUGACAUCAGAUACAUGGCUAUCUAAACAGAAUGAGGAGCCCGUGUUUUCUAGAGAUGGCAGCAAAUUCUUUAUGACAGUUCCUGUUAAGCAAGGGGGCCGUGGAGAAUAUAACCACAUAGCUAUGUUCCUCAUCCAGAGUAAAAGUGAGCAAAUUACUGUGCGGCAUCUGACAUCAGGAAACUGGGAAGUGAUAAAGAUCCUGGCGUACGAUGAAACGACGCAAAAAAUUUACUUUCUGAGCACCGAGUCGUCUCCCAGAGGGAGGCAGCUGUACAGUGCUUCUACUGAAGGAUUAUUGAAUCGUCAGUGCAUUUCAUGUAACUUUAUGAAAGAACAAUGUACAUAUUUUGAUGCCAGUUUUAGUCCCAUGAAUAAGCAUUUCUUAUUACUCUGUAAAGGUCCAGGGGUUCCAGUGGUCAGCCUACAUGACACAGACAACCCAGCAAAAUAUUUUAUAUUGGAAAGCAAUUCUAUGCUGAAGGAAGCUAUCCUGAAGAAGAAGAGAGUAAAGUCAGAAAUUAAAACGCUUCAUAUUGAUGACUAUGAACUUCCUUUACAGUUGUCCUUUCCCAAAGAUUUUACGGACCGAAACCAGUAUGCUCUUCUGUUAAUAAUGGAUGAAGAACCAGGAGGCCAGCUGGUUACAGAUAAGUUCCAUUUUGACUGGGAUUCAGUACUUGUUGGCACGGGUAACGUCAUCACAGCACGGUUUGAUGGCAGAGGAAGUGGAUUCCAGGGCCUGAAAAUUUUGCAGGAGAUUCAUCGAAGGUUAGGCUCAGUGGAAAUAAAGGACCAAAUAGCAGCAGUGAAAUUUUUACUGAAACAGCCAUACAUUGACUCCAGAAGAUUAAGCAUUUUUGGAAAGGGGUAUGGUGGCUAUAUUGCAUCAAUGAUAUUAAAAUCAGAUGAAAACCUUUUUAAAUGUGGAUCAGUGAUUGCACCCAUUAUAGACUUGAAGUUGUAUGCCUCAGCUUUCUCUGAAAGAUAUCUUGGUAUGCCAUCUAAAGAAGAAAGCACAUACCAGGCUUCCAGUGUGCUACAUAAUAUUCAUGGCUUAAAAGAAGAAAAUAUAUUAAUAAUUCAUGGGACUGCUGACAGUCUACCCAGAUGAAGGCCAUGACGUAUCUGAGAAGAGCAAAUAUCAUCUCUACAGCACAAUCCUCAGAUUCUUCAGUGAUUGUUUAAAGGAAGAAAUACCCAUAUUACCACAGGAACCAGAAGAAGAUGAAUAAAGGACCCUAUUUAUAUAGAACUGAAGGGGAUAUUGAGGCUCAAUGAAACCUAACCAAGAGACUGUAAUAUUGUAGAUGCUCCAGAAUUUCAAGGGCAGCUUAAGGAGAUGAUGCUGGAACAGCACACUCAGAGACAAUGAACUAGAAUUUGAAUACAGAAGUCCAUGUCUACUGUGUUACCAAGGGUGCAGAACCUGUUUCUUUGUGUAAGAAAGGUCAAAGGGUUGGUUUCCUGGGAGAAAUUAGUUUUGCAUUAACGUAGGAGUAGUGCAUGUUUUCUUCUGUUAUCCCCCUAUUGGUUCUGUAAUUAGUUGCUCUCAUUUUAAUUUCAGUGGCCACCGUCAUCUUUGCAUAUAAUGCACAACUUAUCAGUACUACAGUCCCUGAUCUUUGAUGUCUGAGCUGCAAUCUAACACUUUACUGUACCUUUAAAAUAAGUGCAAUUCCUUCAUUGUCUAUUAUUAUGCUUAAGAUUCAGUUAAUAAAAACCAGAGUAUUUUAUGUAAUUUCUGUUUAUAAAAAGACAUUUUUAAAUGGGUCACAGGUCAUGUAGAAAUGUGGGUUUCAGCACCUUCCAAAGUUCAACCAGUUAUCAGUAGAUACGAUAUCUUUAAAUCAACACAUGAGGUAUGUCUCACAAUAUGUAUACACACGUGUGCGUAUGAAGUCAAUAAAUCUAUCUUUACAUGUAUUCAUGCUACAAAGGAGAAACUUUUGAUGAAUUAGAAGGAACACUCUUUUACAGUCUGUAAUGGAUGCUUUGUUUAAUGAGCCAAAUAUGAUGAAACUUUUUUUUCCAAUUCAAAUUCUAGCUAUUGUUUUCCUAUAAAUGUUUGGGUUGUGUUUGUUUGGUAUUGUUUUUAGUGGUUAAUAGUUUUCUAGUUGCAAUUUAAUUUUUUGAAAAUGAUACCUUGUCACAUGUAAAUUAGGUACUUAAAUAUUAAAUUAUAGUUUCUGAUAAAGAAAUUUUGUUAACACUGCAAUGCCACUGAGUGCUAUUUUGCUCUUUUGGUGGAGAAAGCUUUUUUAAAACACUGAGUCCUUUUACUUCUCUCAAUGAAGAAUCAAUUCUCAUUUUCAUGGUAAAAGCAAAGAGCUGGAUUAUUUCAUUUGCUAGUUCCUAUUUAGUAUUCCGUGCCUGUCCAAUUCAUCUGUUACUAUUUAAUUUAAAUCCUUCUGGUGAGAUUUAGAAAUGAAAUACUUUUUAUUCAUUGGCCAAAAAGCUCAUGAACAGCAGUGUGUACUCUUUAAGGCAAAAAAUGCCUUAAUUUCUGUGCUGUGUUGACUUGCAGUAGUGAGUAACUGAGAGUGUAAAAUAAACUUGACUGUAUGAAGUCAAUUUAGGUCAUGAGAAUAUUAACUUUGGUGACUAAAGUCAAAGAGUAUCUUCUCACUUCACUUGAGGUAUCUUCCAGAAGAGAUGUCCAAAAGUCAAGCUCAGAAGUUCAGUUAAAGCUAGGCAGUGGACUGUGUUUUUGUGGUUUUAAAAAUUCCUUAGGACAGGCUGGAUUAUCAUAACAUCACAACACCAGGAGGAAACUUUAAAAUGUCAUGGAAUUGCUCAGUAACCCUCUUGUUUUGUGAAAGCAUCAACCCCAAGUCAGGGUUUUUAGAAACACAUAAAUCGUUUUUUGGGUAUUCUGCUUUUCUUCCGGGUUCUUUGGAAUUGCAUCUUCACUGCUCUGUUGGAUUCAAUUUAAAAUGGGAAAAGCUCUUUUCUGAAAGACCCAUUUCAAGUCUUUUUCAAGGAUAGUAAACACUUUAAAAAAAAAAAUAAGUGUCAUGUUUAAAAGGAAAGUUUUGCCUAUUUUAUUAAGAUGGAAAUUUCUUUUUAGGCUGAAGUCCAAUUGAAGCUUUUUAAUCAAUAUUUUAAAUUUCAACAACUAGAGUUUUUUAUGAUGCAAAUAAUUAUUAUGUUCACUGAAAGAUGUGGUUUUAUUGAUUGAGUAACAUUUAAAAAGUAUUUACCUUUUACUGUUCAUCAUUUCUCUUGUUUUAUUACUAUUAUCAAUGUUUAUUUUUCAAUUAAUUUAAUACAGCUUCUAAUGUGAAAGACAUUUGUCUGGAACCCACUUUCACCUUUAAGGCUAAAUAGAUAUUAAAUGAAAACUACUGAUUAGUAGGAAGGUGGAAAAUUUUUAUCUCUGUGAUUAUCUGAGUUUUAAUAAUCGGGCUAUUUUGGAUAAGGGGGAUGCUCACCAAAACACACACACACCAAUUAUUAAAGGAAUCAUGUAGCUGGAUUUUGUCCUUAAUACAUUUGCCUUUGGUCAUAACCUCACAAUUUCAUAUGUGUUUAUACAUUCCAAGAGUUUCCUAGAACUUUACAAGUGUUAUUUCCAGGAGGAAGUUUUCCAAGUGUUAUUUCCCCCUUAAAGUUUAAAAAAAAAAAAAAGACUCAACAUAAACUAAAAAUUCCAUAAUAAAAAAAGGUAAGCAGUAUUAAAUCAUCCACAGAGAUAACCACAUAAUAUUUUGAAACUAUUUUAAAAGGGGAAAGCAGUUUUUCACUUUAAUUGCCUCCACUGAGGUCUCUAAGUCAACACUUGGGGCUAAGGAGACUGUGUAUUGUUAGAGUUUCCUGACAGAACUUAGGGCGGAGGACUCACUUCAAAACAUGAAUCUCAGCUCACCUGGAAAAUGUGUCUUUU